UGCGAAAACUUACGAUAGGGAUCUAAAAAUACAGGUAAGCUGGAGCAGUUCGAUUGUCCCUCAUACCAUAUGGCCAUACAACGAAUGGCGGAUCGCGCUCCCCGUGAUAAGAUUCUGAAGCUUAAUGUAGGUGGAGUGUUUUACACCACAGCCAAAUCUACACUGACCAGUGUGUAUGGGAGCUAUCUUUGGAGGGUUGCCACGGGGGACGCAACUGUGAUGAGGGAUGAGAAAGGGAGUCUAUUUAUAGAUAGGGAUGGAUACGUCUUCAGGUAUGUCCUUAACUUCCUCCGUUCAGAUCGUCUGAUUGUUCCUCAGGGUUAUAAGGAACUUCACAUGCUGAGGGAGGAGGCGGAGUUUUUUGGAUUAGAAGAUCUCUGCUCACAAGUUGAUAAAGUUAUCAAAUCUCGGAGACGGAAACCCCGACCACGACUGACGAGGAGAUUCAGCCGAAGCUGGGGAUCGGACUUAACGAAGAUUUCCACGGAUGAAAACGGAUCGGUCAUUUUUGAAGAUGAAGGAUCGGAUUAUUUUUACGAUUAAUCAGGAAUUCAGCAGGAAAAACGAAACAAACAAAUAACAAAAGAGUCAAACAGUUGUUUGUAUAUGUUUAUGGUGUGGCACUCAACGGGAGUAAAUGUCAUCAAUUUUCAGUGCAUGGAGUCGACUGCGUUUCGAUUUUUCUGAAUAUGCGGUUAAUUAUCUUUUAACAAAAGUUGUAGCAUAUGGCGCUCCGUUGUUAUUGUACAUAUCACACCUUUUUUUUUUUUAGUCAAUAAGGCAGGAAAGCAAAUUGUAACUGAUUUGUUUGUAUACAUUACUUGCGCUUGGUUGAUGCGGAGAGAGAUGACUUGAAUGGCAGUGCACUCUGUUAAUAGAGAAGACUUUUUUCGUUUCGUUCAAAAGGUUGGUGCCUAACUUGACCUAUUGCAAGUGUGCACCCCAUCAUGUUGAUACUGAUAUCGGUGGGACAUUAUGUAUUGGGAAAAUAAUAAAAUGAUACUCAUUCUCUA